UCCUUUUCUGCCCUGGUCGUGGGACGCCUGCCAACCCCUACUUUGGCCCUGCAAGGCUCUGGCCACGUGUCCAGAGGGGCGUUGUGUCCAGUGGGACCCUCCAAAGGUCCUGUUUAGGAUGAAUGUGAUUUGGAGAAAUUACAUUUGCCGUCUGAGACAAGGGAAGGUGUCACACAGAUGCCAGAGUGGCAUCCACCCUGUUGCCCCUCUGGGGUCAAGGAUUUUAACUGACCCCGCCAAAGUUUAUGAACACAACAUGUGGGAUCACAUGCAGUGGUCUAAAGAAGAGGAAGACGAAGCUAGGAAAAAAGUAGAGGAAAACUCAGCCACGCGAGUGGCUCCAGAAGAACAAGUUAAGUUUGAAAGUGAUGCUAACAAAUAUUGGGACACAUUCUACCAGACUCAUAAGAAUAAGUUUUUCAAGAAUCGUAAUUGGCUGUUAAGGGAAUUUCCUGAAAUUCUUCCUGUUAAUCAAAACACUAAAGAGAAAGUGGGAGAAUCACCCUGGGAUCAAGUCAGAAGCAGCAUCUCAAGAACGCAAGGAACAGAAACUCAUGGUCAAGAGAGUUUUGUCUCAUCAAAACCUGCGAGGUCUGCUUCUAACCCCGACUUGGAAGAGUACAGCAAAGGACCUGGGAAGACAGAGUGGUUCCCUGGUAGCAAUGCCACUUUUCGAAUACUAGAGGUUGGCUGUGGUGCUGGAAAUAGCGUGUUUCCAAUCCUGAACACCUUGCAAAACAUUCCAGGAUCCUUUCUUUAUUGCUGUGACUUUGCCUCUGAAGCCGUGGAGCUUGUAAAGUCACACGCAUCCUACAGUGAGGCCCACUGUUCUGCAUUUAUUCAUGACGUGUGUGACGACAGCUUAGCCUACCCUUUUCCAGAUGGGAUCCUGGAUGUCGUUCUCCUUGUCUUUGUGCUCUCAUCUAUUCACCCUGACAGGAUGCAAGCUGUUGUCCACCGACUAUCCAGGUUGCUGAAGCCUGGAGGGAUGCUGUUGUUUCGGGAUCAUGGAAGAUACGACAAUGCUCAGCUUCGCUUUAAAAAUGGGCGUUGUUUAUCUGAAAAUUUUUAUGUCCGAGGAGAUGGUCCAGAGCCUAUUUCUUUACAAAAGGGGAAAUCCACCGUAUGUUCUGCGAGGCUGGAUUACUUGAAAAGCAAAAUCUGGUUGAUCAUCGCUUGCAAGUUAAUAGGAAAAAGCAAGUACAAAUGCACCGAGUGUGGAUUCAAGGAAAAUUCCAGAAACCAUCGCCCUGGACUCCACAGAGCACAAAUUAGCAUUCACUGCAUUCUCAAGACUGAACUACAUGUCGUGUUAAAGUACAAAACCAGGGCGUGAUACUGUUCAAAGGCAUCUUUUCCAAAGACAAGCAGAAGAGCAUCCGCAGCUCUGCUGGUCUGCUGUCAGCGCUCUUUGGACAUUUUAAAAACACAGGCGUGACUUGAAAGAGUGUCCCACCCUCUGGGUUUUCAGAACUUGAAAUAUGUUUGGUUUUGUUUCAUCUAACCAUGUUCCCUUGACUUGUAUGACUUUGAAUUAAGGAGCUGAUAUAAGGCAUAUAGUUUGUAACCCGUCCUUGUUUCAGAAGUAGAAAAAUUAUCUACUUUAUUAUUGGGUGUGGUAAAGCAGUCAAACUGCCCUCUGCUGUCAGCUGAUAGCAGAAGCGGUGUGCCUUGUUCUUAGGGGAACUCGGAAGCCCAGGAUGAAGGGUUACUGCGUUUUCUUUUGUUCUUAUCUAUUUUCUCUCGACUCCCUCCCCCCUACACACACUAGCAUCUGAAAUACAACUUUAGUUUCUCUUCCUUCCCAAAAAAUGGGGAAGUGCGGUCCUUGUUAACAUCACUUCCAGGCUAGUCUUAGAUAUGCAGAUCAUCUUUGAGACACUGUUCUGCUGUGGUGGCUAGUUUUAAUUGUCAACUUGGGACAAUCUAGAAUCACCGGGGAAGAGUCUCAGAUGUCAGUUGUCUGUGAGAGUCUGUCUUGUGUUAAUUGAUGUGGGAAAACCUGCCUGCUGCGGGCAGUACCAUCCCCUGGGGUUUGGACCCUGGACCGAGUAAGUGUGGGAAAAGUGAGCUGAGCCCUGGCACACCUGUAUUCCUUCUCUCUCUGUUCUUGACUGUGGGUGUGACCAGUUGCUUCAAGUCCCUGCCUCCGUGACUUCCUGCUGUAACUGGGUGGACUGUAACUCGAAGUUGUGAGCUAAAAUAAACCUUUUCUUCCCUAAA